AUGGUCGCCCAAACCGCCGAGUUCAAGAAGGCCGUCGAGGACAGCCGUAAGCUCCAGGCCAAGCCUUCGGAUGACGAGCUCCUCCAGCUCUACGGACUGUUCAAGCAGGGUACCCAGGACCCUCCUAUCGAGUCUUCUGACAAGCCCGGCAUGUUCGACCUCAAGGCCAAGAGAAACGCAUGGCAGAAGCUCGUCGAUGAGGGUGUCACNCCCCAGGAUGCCCAGAAGAAGUACGUCGCUCUUGUCGAGUCGCUCAAGAAGAAGCACGGUUACUCUGGUUAA